AUGGUGGGAGUGAACCUGGUCUCUGAAGCUGAGCAGAGGGUCGUGUUUAUAACUGCCCGAGUUCACCCUGGGGAAACGCCGUCUUCCUUUGUGUGUCAGGGUAUCAUUGAUUUCCUUGUAAGUCAGCAUCCAGCUGCCAGAUCCCUCCGGGAUCACUUGAUUUUCAAAAUCGCACCAAUGCUUAAUCCUGAUGGGGUGUACCUGGGAAACUACAGGUGCUCAUUGAUGGGUUUCGAUCUAAACAGACAUUGGCAAGAACCUUCCCCAUGGGCUCAGCCAACUCUAUAUGGAGUGAAGCAACUGAUCCUGGAGAUGCACACCAGUCCUAAAACCAGUUUGGAGUUCUAUAUUGACAUACACGCCCAUUCCACCAUGAUGAACGGCUUCAUGUAUGGAAAUAUCUUUGAGCAGGAUGCGCUAUUUCAGAGACAGGCCAUAUUUCCUAAGCUGCUCUGUCGGAAUGCUGAAGACUUUUCCUUUUCCAGUACCUCCUUCAAUAGAGACACGAUGAAAGCUGGCACAGGCAGGAGGUCGCUGGGAGGACUCCUGGACAACUCUUCAUAUUGCUACACCUUGGAAGUCUCUUUCUAUUGCUACAUGCUGGGUGGGACCGGCUCCAUCAUCCCUUACACAGAGGAAGCCUAUAUGAAGCUUGGAAAGAACGUAGCACGCACAUUUAUGGAUUACUACCAACUGGACCGCAGAAUGACGGAACUCGCAGCUCCUACAUCACAGGCAUGCAGGGAGAAGUCACCAGCUGUCUCUAGACUAAGGCAAAAGGGCUCUGGAGUAUCAGGUGAAACACGCAAGGCGGCAACAAGCAACUCCAAGAAUUCAUAGACUACAAAGAACAGAACAUUGUUUCUUUAGAUUGUCCAUAGUUCUAUUGCAUUUACAUAUU